AUGGCUUCGACAACUGAAAUUCCCACCGACGGAACAGGCGUCCUCACACUCGACCCGUGGUUGGAACCCCACCGCGCGGUACUGAAGCAACGCUACAGCGUGAUCGAGAACUGGAUCAAGACCAUCACCGACUCCGAGGGUGGUCUGGACAAGUUCAGCAAGGGUUAUGAAACAUUUGGUCUCCAUGCGCAAUCAAAUGGCGAUGUCAAGUACCGGGAAUGGGCUCCGAACGCAGUGGAGGCGUCGCUGGUCGGCGAAUUCAACAAUUGGGAUGCACAGGCCAACCCCAUGACGAAGAACAGCUUCGGUGUAUGGGAGGUGACCGUCCCCGCAAAGAAUGGGGCCCCAGCCAUUCCUCACGAGAGCAAGAUUAAGAUCACAAUGGUGCUACCUAGCGGCGAGCGUAUCUACCGAAUCCCCGCCUGGAUCAAGCGGGUCGUGCAAGACCUCAGUGUAUCCCCCGACUACGACGCCGUGUUCUGGAAUCCGCCGGCCAGUGAACAGUACACGUUCAAGCAGUCCCGUCCCAAGAAGCCCGAAAGCCUCCGAAUUUACGAGGCGCAUGUCGGGAUUUCCUCGCCCGAAACCCGCGUCGCAACCUACAAAGAGUUCACCAAGAACAUGCUGCCCCGGAUCAAAUAUCUGGGUUACAACGCCAUUCAAUUGAUGGCCAUCAUGGAGCAUGCUUACUAUGCCAGCUUCGGAUACCAGGUGAACAACUUCUUUGCAGCCAGCAGCCGCUAUGGAUCCCCGGAGGACCUGAAGGAGUUGAUCGACACCGCACACAGCAUGGGGCUGGUGGUGCUGCUCGACGUGGUGCACAGUCAUGCCUCGAAGAAUGUACUGGAUGGUCUCAACAUGUUUGAUGGGUCCGACCAUCUCUACUUCCAUGAGGGCGCCAAGGGCCGCCAUUCAUUGUGGGACAGUCGCUUGUUCAACUACGGCCACCACGAAGUUUUGCGAUUCCUUCUUAGCAACUUGCGCUUCUGGAUGGAUGAGUACCAAUUCGACGGUUUCCGCUUUGACGGUGUCACCAGUAUGCUCUACGUACAUCACGGUAUUGGAACAGGCUUCUCUGGUGGCUACCACGAGUACUUCGGCCCUGGCGUCGACGAGGAGGGUCUGGCCUACCUGGCCAUCGCCAACACCAUGCUUCACGAUCUUUACCCCGAGUGUAUCACCGUGGCAGAAGAUGUCUCGGGUAUGCCCGCACUGUGUCUGCCUCACGCGCUGGGUGGAGUCGGGUUUGAUUACCGACUGGCGAUGGCUGUUCCCGACAUGUACAUCAAGCUUCUGAAGGAAAAGUCAGACAGCGAGUGGGACAUUGGAAAUCUCGCGUUCACUCUCACCAACCGCCGCCACGGUGAAAAGACCAUCGCCUAUGCUGAGAGUCACGAUCAAGCACUGGUCGGUGACAAGACUCUGAUGAUGUGGCUCUGUGACAAAGAAAUGUACACGCACAUGUCAGUUCUCACAGAAUUCACUCCCGUCAUCGAGCGCGGUAUGGCCCUCCACAAGAUGAUCCGUCUUGUGACGCACGGUCUCGGCGGCGAGGGCUACCUCAACUUUGAGGGUAAUGAAUUCGGCCACCCCGAGUGGCUCGACUUCCCCCGCGAAGGCAACGGCAAUUCCUUCUGGUACGCCCGUCGUCAACUCAACCUGACCGAGGACAACCUCCUCCGGUACAAGUUCCUCAACGAGUUCGACCGGGCCAUGCAGGUCACCGAGGAGAAGUAUGGCUGGCUCCACGCUCCUCAGGCCUACGUGAGUCUGAAGAAUGAGAGUGACAAGGUGCUCGUCUUUGAACGGGCCGGUCUGCUGUGGAUCUUCAACUUCCACCCCACUGAUAGCUUUACCGAUUACCGUGUGGGUGUCGAUGUCCCCGGCACAUACCGCAUCGUGCUGGAUUCCGAUGACCCGGCUUAUGGUGGGUUGGGCCGCAACGUGAAGGAGACGAGGUUCUUCACGACGGAUAUGCCGUGGAAUGGCCGCGCCAACUUUACGCAAGUGUACAUUCCGACAAGAACUGCAUUGGUUCUUGCUCUGGAGAACACUCUGUAA